CUUAAAUAAAUUUUGAUCGUCGGUGCAUGAAAAGAAUACGUCAAAACAAACAGAAACGACCUUAUUUUAAUCCCAAAACAACUGUAAAUUUCGAAGUCUACAACUAUUUCAUGAACGCUGUUAACUAAAGGAUCGCGUUGAAUUGGUUGGACAAGUUUGGCUUGAGAAUUCUUGAAGUUUGUUCGUUGUUGAACUAUCGUUGAACUCCAGAAUGUCGGCUGUCCGUGGUUUCAAGCAGGCGGACGACAUGGCCAAUAAUGUCGAAUCUAUUCAUGACCAGGUCGAGUUUAUAAAUAUUUCAACGAUAUUUUAUUUGACAAUCUGGUUCAAGUACUCAAUGGGCCAAUUUAUUAAUCUUUUGCGGUCGAAAUUCUUCAACUUCUUGGGAAAAUUCGUACUUGUAUUGAGACUACCUGCUGUGGUUUUCUUUCGUCGACCAAUACUGUAGCUUUUACAAGUGGCUACCUUCCGAAUACAAGCAUUUCAAAGCCGCGUAAUAAACCAAGCUUUCUUUUUGAAUUUCAGGAAGCACAAUUUGAGAAAGUAAGCCGAAAUUUGGAGCUAGAACGCCGAAAAGUUGCCCGUCAACUCGAAAAGGUUUGUGGCCGAACUCCAUUUUGAUACGAUUCUAUCAGAUAUUAAAAUUAUACUCACAUUUUUAUUGUAAUUUGAUCGCAUUUUCGAACGCGUCCUUUCGACAGUUUAGCAUAUUCCGUUUCUGAUUUUAUAAAGCGAUAAUUUUAAUACCGAAAGCUUCGUUUCGCUUAACUUGGUUAAAACAAUAUCUUUUACAACUUUUGUAGUGUAAACAAGUAUCCGAAACCGCGUCUAUUAGUUCAUAUUCAAGGUGAGAAAAACUUAACUUUAGUAUUCUUGUGUGUAAAGCUUUGCUGUUUAUAAACAACAUGCCGAAAUAACUGGAAUACCUUUACAAUGUCGGAGCCGUUUAUCGACAAUAGUUUUGAGGCGAAUUACGAUCAACUUUAACGGAAAUUGUAGCACUUAAUAUUUGCUUAGAUUUUGGCGAAAUACAAGACCAUAUCAUGCUGAAAUAUUUCAAACAAAUUCUGUAUUUAUUCGUCUUGAACUACCCUAAAUUUUUGUCAAUAAACUGUAAAGCGUUGCUCGAACGACAUCAUUAUAAAAAGAUGGGCAAAAAUACUCUAGAUUUUAUCAUAUAUCGUACGAAAAUCCUUUGUUUGUUGUCGAAAUAUAAACGUUUUUUAAACGCUUCCAAAUUACUAUAUUUUGUUGUGAUUUUAUAAUAUCGAGCUUUAGGAAAUCCUAGUUUGUUUUGGUUGUGUUUUAUUGGCCCCAGAUGUAAUACGGUCAAAAUUAAAUCGUCUUCUAUUUCUUUAUUAUCGAUUGUACACGGAAAAGCAAAUAUUAUAAGAAAUUGAGUGUUUUAUAGAGUUCAGAAAGGCACUACAGAAUUAUAUUUCUCGCAUUUAGUAAUAAACAGUUCCUAACAGAAUUCGCAAUAAUGUGUGUUUUGUGUGUGAUUAGCAUAAUCUGUGUUCCAUAAUAACUUUGUAGUAAUAUAGCAAAUUAUGCCACAUUUUUACUCUAUAAAUACAAGUUGUGUCCUUUACAGUAAAAUAAAAAAAGUUGCGUGUUUUUGGUGUGUCCUGACGACGGAAGUGUCUAAUUGUUCAGUAAUUGGAUGAUAUAAAGUUGAAUAUAUUAAAUUGCAAUAAAAAAUCAAACUUUGAUAUUUGUUACUGUAAUAGGACCAAUAGAGUAUAUAUGGUAUGUGUAAUUUCCACUCAACAUUUCCAUCUUUGAAAAGUCAAUGUACAAAAACAUGCUGCCAGUCAUGUUAUAUUGUGUAUUUAGCCGCAAUGCACACUGAUGCCCUAUAAUGCCCGCUGAUUUUAUUCACCAAGGGGAAGUCUGCAGACAUGCGUGUUUCGGCAUUGUACGCCUCAUCAGUGCAGCUUGGUACAGUAUGUGUCUAGAUAUGUGAUUUCGUCAUAUUUAUACACACAAGCCCGUGACUUUCAUCAUAUUUAUACACACAAGCCUGCUCUCGCCAAGCGCAUGUGGCACAACAUGAUAAAUUAGUACAAAUAGACCUUUCCCCUUUUGAGUGAAAUUUUGAUCUAGACAAGUCUGGACAAAAAUUUCAUCACAGCUUGAAAGAGCAUCGCAAAAUUAGUAAUAUUCCGAAGUUAUGUUGCGAAAUGUUGUAAAAUGCGGAUAAUAUAGCCUUGCAAAGUUUGCCGUUUUUCAGUCAUUUUGUAUUACAAAUGGGAAAUUGAUAAUCAGUUUGAUCAUCUGAUUAUCAAUUUCCCGUUUGUAAUGCAAAAUGACUGAAAAACAGGCAUUUUACAACAUUUCGGCAUUUUAUUACAUUUUGCAACAAAACUUCAGAAUAUUACUAAUUUUGUGAUGCUCUUUCAAGCUUUCACUCAUAAAGGGAAAGGUUUAUUAGUUAACCUAUUAAUUUGCAUUGCACCCCAAUGUGCCCGACUCUAUUAUUUUACUCUGUCUAAUGCCAGACAAUUUUACUUGUCAAAGGGAGAGCGCUGGUGCUUAACAAGUUAAUUUCUUAUGUUGGUUAAUCUAGUUCCACUGACGAGUCCUUCGUUUGGAGAGGUGAAAAUGGAAGUAUAAAAGGAGAUGACGAAGGCAAUGGUCCUACUUUAGCUGAUUCUUACUUGUAAGUCAAUAUUCCUUUAUGUCUGAUAAUCCUUACAGUGGAUAAUCUGAAGACAUUCAGUCGGCUGCAUUGUAGGAAAACAAUUUAAAGGAAAAAUAGUCCUUUGGAACUGGGAAAGAAAUUCACCCUGCCUUUCAAUUAUUCUUUAGAAAAGACUUGGAAGAACGUGGAAUAAACAAUAACAGGUUGGUUUGCAAAUGAUCUGUUUAAUUUAAUAGAAACUACAGCUGUAAUUCUAGCGGAUUAGCUUUGCUUUCACACCUGCGCACAUACCCUAUGAAUUGGUGUGUGGCAUCUGUGAAACAGCAGCUAAAACGUGUUUGCUAGACAUGGUUAAAUUUUCAACAUGACAACAUGUUGACGUGAAAUCCAACUGUAGGUCAAUAAAUUUAGUAAUAGACUCAUCAAUGGUGCUGCCAAUGGGGGGCAUCCUAACAGAAGGGAUGCAUUACAGUAACAAGUUAAUUAUUGAAUUAUGAUGAUAUAUGUCUUGUAGUAACAUUGGAAGAUCCGACAGUGAAAUACCAGAACAAAAAGAAAACAAAAUGAGUACAUUUGAAACAAGAUCGUUUUCUCAAGGUAAACUAUGAUAAAAUAUUCAAUGCAUUGACAAUUGUGUUUUAAUUACCUAUCAAGCAAUGCUCAAUGGGUUGAUAAAACCAUUUUGGUUUUUUAGAUGGUGGUUAUACCCAGAGUACCAGAACAACCACAACAACCACCAGACAGUAUAGUUACCAUUCACAGAAUGGUGAACAUAUUGAAGAUGGUGAUUUUCCAAUUACUAACGGUGAUCAUCGUGAGGUGGUACAGAAGUUCACAUACACCAACCAGAAUGGGUAUGGUGAUAGUCGCUAUGGUAACUCCAGACCACAGUACCCACCUGGUGAUGGUUACAGAGAUGGCCCCAAGGGGCCAGGUUCAACUUCAUCACGAGAUAGUGCUGGAAGGUAUGUGCAUUCAUUGUAAUUUAUGCAUUUUCACAAGCAGUGAAAAGUUUUCCUGACCAUGGUGGGAAUCUAACCCGCGACUUUGAGGUUUGCGGGUUUCGAUUCCCACUGUGGUCAGACAAACUUUUCAGCUUGCCCGGUGUGAAUGCACACCCAGAGUAACACGACAAACGUCAUAUUCACCUGAGUACAUAACAACAACACCCACAAGAAGUACGGUAGAAUAAAAUUAAUUGGCCAUUUGUUGUUUUUGUUCGGCAAAUAGCUGAUUACCAACUGUUGUUAUAAUCCACACUGGUCAUGAGUGUUUACUGCAGGAUUCAUAUUUUUUAUAUACAGUACAUGUGCAGUAUACUGUGUAAACCUCAAGCCUUAAAAUAUCAGUCGGUCACAGACAUUGUCCGACCCAUUCCGGCAUUCGUGAAAUUGUCUGACAUACAGUAGAGAGGAUUAACCACCGGACAUUCUGUCCGACCUAAGUGAAACUUAGGUUUUUUGAUGUCCAACCGAAUUGUAGCUUUGUAAAUCAAAAUGCACCCAAGCAAGUUAAUUUUAAUCAGAAUUAAUACAUUGUGCUUGUAUUAAUUUGUGUCAUUCAGACUUAUUUCCGAAUCAAACUGAACUGAAGGUCAUCGGACAUCAUCUUACAUGUGUCUGACGAAAACUCGAAGUCAUCGGACAUUUUGUCACAUGGCCCUGUAAAAGAUAUUUUAAGGCCAGUGGUAAACCUGCAAGCAUGCAGACAAUAUAUAUAUAUAUACAUGUAUGCCAGGAAGAUGGAAAGUCAUAAUGUUUCUCUACAUUUCUUCAGAUAUGCCCCAGAGCCUAGACCAAGAGGUAGUCACAGUUCUCAAGGCUCCGUCGGCGAUGAAAUAACUCGACAGAAAACCUCUUACACAGAAUCUGCGCCACCUGAGCCUGAUCAGAGGUCUGGAUCGAGAACAUCCUCACAGUCCAGCAUGACACGAGGUGCAGAGGCGCCUCCCCAAUCCCAAACCCUACCACGGACAUUUGGACAAAAUGAGCCAAGCGAGAUCCCUGAGGAAGGAUCAUCAACCGUGCCCAGACAACCUUCAAAAUCGAAAGGAAGUAGUAAGUCAUUUCCAUCCUUUUCUUAGUUUACAGACUUUCUCACUCAUUGGUGAGCGGACAACAGUCUUUUGCCCAAUUGAUAAGGGAUACGAGGUACCGGUACCUACAAUUUAGCAUUGCGAAAGUCUAACCAUUUACUGAUGUUAAUGCAAAUGUAGCACUUUCUCCUCAGUUAUUUUAAGAUGAUGAGUAGUGGUCUGACAAAGGAUUGAACCCGGCUCUCCCAUCUUGGAUGCAGUGGCGGACGCUAGGGAUGGCCAGGGGGGGCGGUUGAAAGACCUGUAAAAGUCUGGUACCAAGAAUCACAAUUGACAUAUAAAAUGAUCAAGCGAGCCUUAAACGGACACCAAAGCCCCAUGUUGAAAAUUUUGACCCCUCCCCAUAUUUUGGCCACUGCUUGGAAGACAAGUGUGGUGACCACACUUUGUCCUAGGGAUCCAGUAAUGAUUGUUUGGAACUGGUCAUCAGCUAUCAAAUAUAUUUGGUUUAUAACCUGGAGAAAUAGUUGGUGAUAAUGUCUACACAAUAGACUGUGAAAAUCGCUGGGUGUCGCUUCAAUUGAAACCCUGAAAAUGCUUACUGUACCAGUUUAUUUACAAAAUAACUUGUUCCAUUUCAGUUACAUACAACUUGAGUAUGAAGGUUGGUGACGUGCGCGGAUCUGGUGCUGAUGGUAAUGUCUAUAUACAACUGUUUGGUACUGAAGGCAAGACCGCCAAGAUACAACUACGCCAGGCUGGGGAUACCAGGAACAAAUUUGAGAAAGGAAAGACUUAUAAAUUCACAGUUGAUACAGUCGACAUUGGACAGGUACAUUGUAUAAAACUUGUCAAUCUAAUAUCAUGGUGAGAUGGUUAAUUUUUUUCCAGUUUAUCGAUUAACCACCUCCCUCCACAAUCUAAUUUUGAGUCUUACCCAAUAAACAAAUUUACCUCACCAGAGGCUCAAAAUAACAGCUGGUCAAUGGACAAUGACCAGCCAGAAAUGCCUCUUGACCGGUCACUUUUUUACCUCACUGGUCAUUUUGACUGGCCUGACAUUUUCAUGCCUUCCAAUGCGAUUGCUGACGUCUUGAAUUAAAACAUGAAACUAUGAUGUAUCGAAACAAGUUUCUAAUAGUUUGUUUCACUGUUAGUUUAAGUGUAUCAAUGACCAGUCAUAUUUUGACCAAGCUAAAAUCAAGUUGACCCGUCAUUUUGACCAGAGACCUAUCUCCCAUUAUUUUGAGCCCUGUUCACAAUUCUUUUGGGGUUUUUUCUUUCAGCUUGAGCGCAUCAAGCUCAGUCACGACCACCGUGGAUAUGGUUCAGGUUUUUUUGUUGAUGAAGUGGAGGUCGAGGUUCCCUCAAGGAAUGACCGAGUUACCUUUCCUUGUCAUUGUUGGUUGGCCCAGGAUGUGGAUGGUGGACGAACUGAGAUGGUCGCAUCACAACCAUCUAAACCGCCCCAGCCUAGUAAGUUAAGAUCAUUGACUGGAAUGACUGAUUGACUGCCCAACCAGGUGAACCAAUUGUUCAGGGGUCGUUCAUUUUUUUGUGUGACUGCGACCGCAAAAAUUAUUUGAAAAUGUGCCUGCAAAAUGUCUUCAUGCAACAUGUGAAAUUGAGCCAUCAGCCAUGAAUUACAGAACUAUAGAUGCCGAUUAGUAGACUGGCUUAUUAGUUAUGACUAUGUAUUAAUUUAAGUAUUUUUGGUUCAAGAAAUCAAGAAUUUUAAGCUCAGGCUCACAAUCUCUAGAAAUUUUAACUUGUCAGUAAACUAACAGUAACAAAUACAUAAUAAAAUAAGAAUUAUAAAAUUUAUUUUAUAACUUCUGGCUUCAAAAGUUUUACAAAAUGUGCCUGCAAGUCCCCACUUUAAUGGCCCAUGCAACUGUUACUACUUGGUUGUGGGCUUGUGGCUAGCUGACAGAUACUGUAGAUUCACUGACUGAAUGGUUGAGCGAGUACUCUUAAUUAUCCAUGGCGACCGUGUGCCAUGGUUUGUCAUGGAAAAUCCAUAUCAGUAUUGAAUUUCUCUCUUUCAGCAAAAAUCUACACAGUUUCAGUUCGUGUUGGCGAAGUGGUGAACUCUCAGACCAGUCUUUAUAUCCAGUUGUUUGGUGAAAAUGGAGAAACAAGCAAGAUCAUGCUGAGACCUGCCGGCCCAUCUCUGACAAAAUUUGAACCCGGGAGAACAUACAAGUUUACUGUUGAAACUGUUGACAUUGGCAAGGUAUGUCUAUAACUACAGACAAUACACUAAACUAACUUUAUUUAUACUGGAUAUUGUUGAUUGUUCUAUCAGUUCUAAACUGUUCUCCUUAGAGGUCCAGAGUCAUACUGUAGCUAUAUUUUAUACCGGAUAGCUCUAUCAGUUCUAAACUGUUCUUCACAGAGGUUGAGUAAGGAUCAUCUCUUAUUGAUCCAGUGUUACUACAGGAGGAAACCUAAACUAAACUAACUUUAUUUAUACUGGAUAACUUUAUCAGUUCUAAACUGUUCUUCACAGAGGUCCAGUAAGGAUCAUCUCUUAUUGAUACAGUGUUACUACAGGAGGAAACCUAAACUAAACUAACUUUAUUUAUACUGGAUAGCUCUAUCAGUUCUAAACUGUUCUCCCUAGAGUCCAGUAAGGUUACCCCUUACUGAUCCAGUGUUACUACAGAAAGAAACCUAAACUAAACUAACUUUAUUUAUAUGGUACUGAUUACUGGAUAGCUUUACCAGUUCUGAACUGUUCAUUGCUUCAGUAUGUAGUCAAACUGGAAGCACUCACUUUAAUUGUGACACCUAAAUUGAAGCCACUAUAAUGCACCCCCCUGUGUUUUAUUUCAGAUUGAGAGAUUACGUAUGGGUCAAGACAGUAAGACAGGGGGUCAAGGACUGUAUGUGGAGACAAUUGAGAUCGACCCUGAAGGCGGAGAGAAUGUGGUGUUUCCAUGUCAUGCUUGGUCUGAGGAGGACGACCUGAAAUCUCAGAGAGACAUUUAUCCCGAGCCUGAAUAUUCAGGUGAACCUAAAGCUAGUAAGUAUUCACCAAACCGUUCGCUAGACCAUACCUUGGAAUAGCAUUAUAUAAAAAAAUUAACUGAUGUCGCAACACAUAAUUCAACGUUUGGGCAAAAAUAAAAACACACUGUCAAUUAACUAUAAUGAAUAAAAAAUUCAAAUGGUGGUUUCCUUUGCUGUCCGGAGUUCCCACCAUUACCUUAGCCACCAUUCGUGGGAUGGUUUAGCAUUAUACAGCCAUGCCAAGUAAAAAAUUAAUAGGUUGUACUUUGCAAACCUUAAACUCUAAAGCUUAAAUCUUAAACUCUAUGUGUGCAAAGCUUAAAGUUCAAAGUGUGAUUAACCCCAAAUAUGAUUUUUUGUAUGUGUAAUAUUUGGGUCAUUCUAAGAAGAAAUGUAAUAUAUCUUUAUAAUAAAAAAUCCCAUCUUGAUCAACUUUUUCACUGUCAAAGUUUCCGGAUAUGAUGUCAUUAGGUGAAUUUCAAAUUAUUUUUCCUUUGUUUUUUGUACCAAAAAUUCACCUAAUGACCUCAUAUCCGGGAACUUUGACAGUGAAAAAGUUGAUCAAGAUGAGGUUUUUUAUUAUAAAGAUAUAUUACAUUUCUUCUUAGAAUGACCCAAAUAUUACGCAUGCCAAAAAUUAUAUUUGAGGUUAGUCACACUUUAAUGGGAGCACACGUUUCAAGCUUAGUAGUUGAAAAUUGCAGCUAUUUGUGAAUGAAUUGUUCUUGUAAGGAGAUAUUUAUUAUGUCUCUAAGAAAUGGGCCCCAUAUAUGAUUUCUAAGGUUUAGAGUUUAAAGAUGGUGUCCGCUCCUGUGCUCAUGCGCGAACUUUGUUUACGUUUUGAACUGCAAUAUUUGUAAAAUAUGAUAUACUAACUGAAUAUCUAACACUUUUCUGGUUCACUAUACUUGUAAAUGAAUAUAAACUCUACGUUUCAAUUCAAAAAAGUUCGAAAGAUGCUAAAUUUGGGCAAGGUUUAUAUUUGUGGGUCCCCCUUUGUUAUGUGCAGAACUGAUGCGCAGAACGGAGUGGACAUCAUCUUUAAGGUUUGCAAAGGACAACCUUUUUGAAUUAGUAUUAUAUUAUAUAAGGGAUUUGCUAAACCAUCCCUGGGUUGGUUUUUCAGCCAAUAUUUUUUUGCUGAUUAUUAACAGUUUCCAUUUUUAUCUCAUUUAGAUGUAGACUACCAUCUGACCAUCCGUACUGGUGACAUUGCGGGCGCAGGUACUGAUGCUCCGGUAUUUAUUCAACUGGUUGGUGACGAUGGUGAGACCGAGCGUAUAGAGCUCAGUCCUGGGGGGACUGGUGACAAGAGAUUUGAUCGAGGGAGGACUGAUAAGUUUGUGAUUGGGACUUUGGAUGUUGGCAAGGUAAGGGACAAGCGAUAACAUAACUAUUGUACAUUGAAAUCCUACUGUGUACCUCCAAACCCUACCUUAUCCCUUCUUAAUGCUUGGUUAAAGUGGCACUGUCAUUAAAAUUUUUAUUUUCGUAAACGAAAAUGCUCUUAAAACUGUAUAGUAACUUGUUUUGAAGAUUUUUGUUUCAAUGCUUAGUUCUUGAGAUAUUUCAUUUUGUUUGUAACCAUGUGACGUCAUUUACUCAACUACAUCUAUAAGGAGAUAUCAGUAAUUGUUUGUGUAUUGUAUCUUUGCUAUUUUUUAUCAAAAUCUUUCCAAAGAUGCGGCGCGUUUUUUAAUUUAACUUGUACAUCAUUAAGCACACUGUUUUUUUAAACAAAUCCAUCAAAAAUAGCAAAGAUACAUAACAUUUACUGAUAUCCCAUGUAAUUGAGUAAAUGACGUUACAUGGUUUCAAACAAAAUGAAAUAUCUCAAGAACAAACCAAUUUUAUCAAAAGAAGUUACUUUACAGUUUUAGUAGUUCUCUCGUUUGAGGCAAUAAUGACAAUGCCAUUUUAAAUAUAAUGAAUAUACAGUAAAAUAUACAGUAAGUAAUUUUAUUUAAAAUUUAUUAUUCAAUGUUUACCCCAAAAGCAAACUGCUUAUGGGGGGGGGAGGCUUACAUCUAUACUUAUAUAACAUUUUAACACACAAAUGGUACACAUACCCAGACAAAAUAAGAUAUUAAUAUAGAAAUAUUAAACAUCAAAGGUGGAUGCUGCAAAACGACAUGUGUUUAAAAUAAAUUGUUGAACUAUUGAAAACAAUACACAAUUUUCUUCAUAAUUUACUCAAGUUCGAGUCGUUCUUCAUAAGUAAUUUUGUUUUUGCCAUUGCCAAAACUCUCUACCUACUGUCAACUUGCAUUAAUAAUUUGUUUUAUUCUCCUCUCUCAUUCCAGCCACAUACAAUCCGUAUCGGUCACUUGGGUCGUGAUAGGGAUUCCAAUUGGUUCUUAGAUGAAGUGAUUGUUGAUAUUCCUACACGUAACGAACACUAUCUUUAUCCCUGUAAAUCCUGGCUUGCAGCUGAUGAAGGUGAUGGCAAAACCGAGACAGAACUGUAUGGGGGUAAGUGGUUUUGUUGCUUUGUCAGCAUGCUGAAAUAAAUUGACUACAUGUACUGUAGAUAGAUUUAUUUUUCUUGUGGAUGUCAUGUCUUUAUACCCUCACGAAAAAAUCUAUACAGUAGGUGCCUAUAGAAAAUGUUUCAAUUCCUUAUAGAAGCCUUAUUACGCACCCAUAGAGCUCUAUAGACUUAUAGGCAUCCCUAUAGGUCAUCCAUAGAAAAUGUUCCAAUUGUCUAUAAAAACCUAUAGGUUUCCUAUAGCAACCUAUAGGUUGGCCUGUAGGCCUGACCUGUGGGGGCUUCUGUGGCCAAGUGGUUAGCGCGCUUGCCCUUCACCUCUAAGGCCACAGGUUCAAGCCUCAGUGAGAGCUCUCUCUCAACGCGACCCGAACCCAGUCCUCAUGUGGAAAGAGCCAAAGUCAACACUCUGCCGAAAGUCGUGGGUUUCUUCCCACAGGGAAAGUUGACAGGGCGGGUUAAGUAAAAAGCAAUUGGCAUAUGCUGUUGUGGUGUCCCUGCCCUAGUUGGCAAAGCUAAAUAAAUAAAUAUCUUUCUUUAUUCUCAGAGGUCUACAAAGUCCCGCUUGGUGCCGGGGCACCACCUUCAUCCCAACCCCCCAUAACUAAGCAACCAUCUUACGAAGACGACACCACAGAGGAACGACCUCCAUAUAAGGAAGAAGACGAAGCCAAUCAGCGACCGUCAUAUAGAGAGGAGAAUGUGCCUGAAGAUAGACAACCAAUUAUUCAGGAUACUAUUCAAACUACAGAAACAGAGAAUGUUGAAACCUUACCGGAAUUUAAUACCCAGGGAUCUCCACCUCGAAGUAUAUCCCCGGAGAAUCGACCACCAUACAAAGAACGAACCUCGGCUAAAGCACCGCUGACUGAUGACGUGGACAGUAAAACCAGUAAGUGGGGUCAUGUUGCAAUGAGAUCCCCCCCCUCCUAUAAGAACUGCAGACCAAGGCCAGAUUUUGGUGGAAAUAGUGGGGGAGGUGGAAAAAAUUUAGUUGCAGCGGUCUAGCUGACGACCGCCAUGGAAAGUCGUUUAGAACGGGCCAAAGUCAACGAUGUGACGUGUGCAUGUAUAGUGUACAAUGUAUAAGUGUACAGUAUUAAUGAAUUAUGAUUGUACAACUCAUCCAAUUUUGCUCUUUAUUACAAUUACUACAAAGUUUCUUUCAAAACAUUGCAUUAAAAGGGUACUUGACACACAGAUGAAUGGCUAUCACUGUUUCAAUUUUACAGAAAAAAACUUUCUUACGAAGUGUGGACCCAAAGCAACAAAAAAGUAAAAUUUUCACUUUGAUCCAUGAUUGAAACUUUCCCAAGGGGAGGUGCAUGACUUCAGAGGAGGUUCAAAAAUUCUCAGGAGAGCUGCAAAACGAUCUCAGGAGAGGUGCGCACCACCCCACACCUGGGGGGGGGUUAGGGGGGUUAAACCCCUCCUAGAAUAUAUUUAACCCCUCUAAUAAAGUGUUCAACCCCACCAAAAUUUUGCUUCACCACUCCUAUUUUGUGUGAAAGGCUUCAACCCAAACGCCUAACGUCUGCUGAAGCUCACUGAGUGGUGUCGCUUGCACCCCACCAGAAAUUUUUCUACCCCUCCUUCUUAAUAAAUGAAAAUCCGCCCUAGACCCAAAAUCCGGCCAUGCCGCAGACCUUAGUGAUUUUCUCGACUCUUUAUUUACUAGAUGUCACCUACGAGUUGUGUCUCAAAAUGGGAGAUGUCCAAGGAGAUGGGACUGAAGGGUCUGUAUUUGUGGAACUGAUUGGCAGCAACGGCAAGACUGAGAGAAUAGUGUUGAGAGAGGCAAAUGAUUCGAGAAUCAAGUUUGAGAAAGGAAAAAGUUAUAAGUUUACCAUCGAGACCGCUGAUAUAGGUUUGGUAAGUUAGGAUACAUUUGCAAACAUUCUUUCAAAUUUCAGUAUGCAUUACCAGGCCAGCAAAUAAUUAUUUUACUUGGAAGGACAAAUGUCUGGCCAGGCCAAAACUUGGUCGGACAUUUAUCAAUUUUUCUCGGACAACGGACAAAGUAAAAUUUUUCAUAUUUAUUUUUGAGAAUUGGCACGGUGUAUUUUUUGCCUGGUCAUGAAUAGUCCGCACUGCAAUGCAUCUAAAACUUAGUAUAUAUCUACCAGUCCUAAUGCAUCAGUAAAUUAUGGCUCAGGUUAUACAUAAUUUUAAUUUCUACCAUAUAUACGAAGAUGAUGUAGAUUUAUAAUGGAAUCUUACGGCUUAAUGCAGCAAGAAAUAGUGGAAAAGUGCUGUCUAUAUUGCUUUCUUGUUGGUUUGAUUAGGAAAAAAAUGUUAAAUAAACAUUUUUUUGAGGUUGGAAAAUUGCCUAAAUCAGUCGCAUGUCUGGUCACAGAAAGCUUUGAUUGGACAAAAGGUAAAAUUUGGUGACCGGCACUAAUUUGUAGGCCUGCAUUACAUGCACUAUAUACUUGCUCAGUUUAUCACUAUACAAUAUUCUUGUAUGAAUGGAAUGGCCAUAACAGAAUAUCUUGCUUCAUCAGGUCGAGAAAGUCCGCGUUGGUCAUGAUGCUCAUGGUCCUGGACUGGGAUGGUAUCUGGAGGAGCUGAGUGUCACCGUACCAUCACGUGAUGAACAUGUGGUGUUCCCAUGUAAUUGUUGGUUGGCCGAGGAUCAAGGUGAUGGGAAACUGGAACGAGAGUUAUCCUCAACACAAGGUACAGGCAGUAAUUACAACCACAAGUAGUUUGCAGUACGUUAAAGUGCCAAGCAUAGAUAUCUUAUAUACACUAGACAGUGCAUCUAAUUAUUCUGCAAUUCAAAAAUUGAAGCUGUGAUUGCAGACUCGGGAUAUUCCCAUGAAAUGAAAAGAUUCGUAUGUUUUCUAUUUCUUAAACACAGAACUUAAAUAUUUAAGUUAAACCUAUUCCAAAUACAUUUUUAAACUGUUCAAAUGAUGAAAGUUAUUGUUGUUUUUAAGCGUUCAUUAGCGAGUUGGAAACUCCAACAUGGCCGCAGUCUAUUCAAAUGGGGGGUAACCGCUAGAAUAUUCUUGGCUUCAAUUUUACUAAAAGAGAUGGCCAACUAGUGUAUAUAAGAUAUCUAUGGUGCCAAGACGUAAAUGUGUAAAUAGCUUCUGAAACGUCUUAAUGAGAACAUUCGUAAUCUUCGAGAUUUAAAGUUUAUAUAAGUCAGCAUGAUUUUGUAUCAGAUAUACAAACUCCUUCAUGGUCUUGAUGUUAUUCCUGUUUUCUUUGUGAAUUAUGAAUGAGUUUUCUCUUGUGAUUUUUAGCAACCUACCAUCUUGCCCUGGCUACGGGUGAUGUCGCCAAUGGUGGAACAGAGGCAGUACCUUAUAUUCAGAUCUUUGGCGAGAGAGGUGAUACUGGUGUGAUCGAACUGAGGAAGGAAGCAAACAGUGGCUUUGUUCGAGGAAAAACUGAUUUCUUUAACGUAGAUGCCGUCGACGUUGGAAGGGUAUGUGCUGAAAUAUAAAAUUAAAACAUAAAAUAAAUAGAAGUUAUUGGGAUGUUGGCGGCGCAGUUGUUAAUGCAUGUGUCUUAGGUUUCCUCCUGUAGUAAUCCUGGAUCAAUAAGAGAUGAUCCUUACUGGACCUCUAGGGAACUGGUAGAGCUAUCCAGUAUAAAUAAAGUUAGUUUAGUUUAGGUUUCCUCCUGUAGUAACACUGGAUCAAUAAUAGAUGAUCCUUACUGGACCUCUAGGAAGAACAGUUUAGAACUGAUAGAGCUAUCCAGUAUAAAUAAAGUUUGUUUAGUUUAGGUUUCCUCCUGUAGUAACACUGGAUCAAUAAGAGAUGAUCCUUACUGGACCUCUAGGAAGAACAGUUUAGAACUGAUAGAGCUAUCCAGCAUAAAUAAAGUUAGUUUAGUUUAGGUUUCCUCCUGUAGUAACACUGGAUCAAUAAGAGAUGAUCCUUACUGGACCUCUAGGAAGAACAGUUUAGAACUGAUAGAGCUAUCCAGUAUAAAUGAAGUUAGUUUAGUUUAGGUUUCCUCCUGUAGUAACACUGGAUCAAUAGGAGAUGAUCCUUACUGGACCUCUAGGAAGAACAGUUUAGAACUGAUAGAGCUAUCCAGUAUAAAUAAAGUUAGUUUAGUUUAGGUUUCCUCCUGUAGUAACACUGGAUCAAUAAUAGAUGAUCCUUACUGGACCUCUAGGAAGAACAAUUUAGAACUGAUAGAGCUAUCCAGUAUAAAUAAAGUUAGUUUAGUUUAGGUUUCCUCCUGUUAGUUUAGUUUAGGUUUCCUCCUGUAGUAACACUGGAUCAAUAAGAGAUGAUUCUUACUGGACCUCUAGGAAGAACAGUUUAGAACUGAUAGAGUUAUCAAGUAUAAACAAAGUUAGUUUAGUUUAGGUUUCCUCCUGUAGUAACACUGGAUCAAUAAGAGAUGAUUCUUACUGGACCUCUAGGAAGAACAGUUUAGAACUGAUAGAGCUAUCCAGUAUAAAUAAACUUAGUUUAGUUUAGGUUUCCUCCUGUAGUAAUACUGGAUCAAUAAGAGAUGAUUCUUACUGGACCUCUAGGAAGAACAUUUUAGAACUGAUAGAGUUAUCCAGUAUAAAUAAAGUUAGUUUAGUUUAGGUUUCCUCCUGUAGUAACACUGGAUCAAUAAGAGAUGGUCCUUACUGGACCUCUAGGAAGAACAGUUUAGAACUGAUAGAGCUAUCCAGUAUAAAUAAAGUUAGUUUAGUUUAGGUUUCCUCGUGUAGUAACACUGGAUCAAUAAGAGAUGAUCCUUACUGAACCUCUAGGGAAAACAUUUUAGAACUGAUAGAGCUGCCCUGUGUAAAUAAAGUUUAGUUUAGUUUAGGUUUUCUCUCCUGUACAGUAGUAACACUAGAUCAAUAAGAGAUGAUAUCCAGUAUAAAAAAGUUUAGUUUUACAACGGCUUUAGAAAUCAUUUCCAAUGACUGUAAUUUUGUCAUUUGUGUUUUUAGAUUGAGAAGAUCCGUGUGGGUCACGAUGGUCAGGGUUAUGAUGGCGGAUGGUUCCUGGAGGAAAUUGUAUUAGAUUGUCCUCAACAUGGCGAACAUCUGAUAUUCCCUGCUCAUUGUUGGUUAUCUGAUGUCGAGGCUGAUAGACAGGUUGAGCGAGAGUUCCUGCCUGAGCCAGGUAAUAUACGUGUGUGGUCAGAUGACCAAGUGAUGGGAAAUGUUUAGAUCUGGAAUUAAAAAGAAAUCUAUGUGCCAUUUAUUAUUAUUAGCAUGACCAAUUUACUGGAUGCUGAUUGGUUGAGAGGAGUACACUAAUUAUUUCAUUGUACCGCAGUACAAUUAAUGAUUUUCCCAAAACAAACAAAAUGGCGGAAAGGUAUUUAAACACAAAUGAAAUUGGCCUAUUGAGGAACUUAAAGCAAAAGAACUAAAUGAAAAUACGAACAAAAGCACCAAAUUUUGGUUGAAAGUCUGGACUGGGCUUUGGCGAGAGAAUAUGAUGUUGACAUUGAGAAUUAUCCAAUUUUGUCAUGCUAAUAAUAAACAAGUACUGUAAUCAUGCGAUGUUGCUCGUACACCCGUCCAAUUUUUUGGCAAAAUUUCCAAACAUCACUCGUACUGUUAAUCCCUAAUUGUACGAGCAACAUCACAUGAUUAUGUUUGUGAUGUUACUCUGAGUGUAUAUUCACACCGGGUAAGCUUGAAAAAUAUACCUGGCCACGGUGGGAAUCGAAUCUACAACCUUUGGAAUACCAACCCAAUGCUCUGCCAACUGAGCUAAGCGGUCAGGUCGGUUCGAGCAUGUGAUAUUUCGGAACUGAGUCUAGUUCCUUCGAUAUCAAUGCAAUCUAGUAAGCAACCUAAUUAAAAGGAGCUAGUUUCGCCCCUGCACCAACACAGAAAAAAAUCACAUGAUUAGCUAUACCAAUUUUUUCCUCUCUUUAGUCGCACCCUACAAGGUCUUCGUCAGAACAGGCACGAGACAGGGGGCAGGUACGGAUGCCAGUGUAUAUAUGCAGAUAUUUGGGGAUCAAGGGGACACAGGAAUCAUUGAUAUGAAACAAGUCAUGUUAUCGACGUCGGGUCAGUUUGCUGCAGGAAUGGAAUGUAAACUAGAAAUGGAGACUGUCGAUGUUGGAAUGGUAGGAUUUAUUGAAUGUGGUUUUUCAAGUUUAGAAAGUUUGUUGAAUUCCUCAUGAUUCCGAUCCCAUUCAGAAGAACUCUUAAAAUUUCAUAUUAAACUCUAUUACCGAUUUGUCAUAUCUUGCUUAGGUCUUGAAAUAUUUAGACCGAAAUUAAUGACCUAUCCGCCAUCUUGGACUAAUUCUUGACCUCAUUAACUAUGGUUUUGAUGACGUCAGGAGUUGGGUUAACCAUAUAAAACUACUCUAAAAUGACCGAGGAACAAUCCAAAAUUGUUUGAAAUGUUUUUAAUCAUUUCUAAAUUUCAGAGAACAACCAGAAACGAAGUGUUUGAAGAUAAAAAAUUUAGCGUGACCCCUCUCUUGAAGCAACAUGCAUUCCAGGGAUGGAUUUGCUGGGGUGCGGGUGGGGGGGGGGUGUGCAUCCCCCUAGCCCUGGCCAGAGAGGGUGCAGGGGGUGCUAUUUUUCAUGAUAAAGCACAAAAUUAUUAGAGACAAAAUGAGAUACAGUAAUUUGAGUGAUAACAUGAUGAUAAGCAAACUGUGAACAACAAUUACAAUUCAAAUACAGUAUAGUCAAGCAAGACUUUGCAGUAGUGAAGCAAGUUGAUGGGCGGGCGGCACACAUGACCGACACAACUCGGCACCAGAGCUGGCAGAGCACCCCCCCCCCCCCUGGAUCCAUCCCUGAUGCAUUCGUAUCCUCAAUAAUCUAAGAUGGCGAACAGCUCAUUUUUUCAGUCGAAAUAUUUUGAAAACUAUAAGCAAGAUAUAAACAAUGUGUAAUAGAGUUUAAUAUAUAGUUUUAAGAGUUCUUUCAAAUGAACUAAACUAUUUUUUAUUGCCACUGUCCUUUAAUUUUUCGUUGUCUAAUUUAUUUAGUUGGAAAAAGUUCGCAUCGGUCACGACAACAGUGGUCGAGAUCCUUCGUGGUACUUAGAUGAAGUAAUGAUCAUUCUUCGUGAGGAGUGCUGGGUCUUGCCGUGCCAUGAUUGGUUGGAUGAAACCAGAGGUGACACGGAGCGAAUGUUAUUCCCUGAGACCAAGACAUUUGCCCAAGAGCCCGACCUUGAGGAUUUGAUCGCAUACUUAAAUAGCAAUGAUGUAGUGUUAAUUGUUAAUGCUGAAGCUUAUUUGCAACAUUUGUUCUACAAAGAUGAGGGAAUUAAAAGCAAGUUUAGGUAAGAGGGAUUGACUAGUAUUAACUAAACUAACUUUGUUUAUACUGGAUAGAUCUAUCAGUUCUAAACUAUUCUUCCUAGAGGUCCAGUAAGGAUCAUCUCUUCUUGAUCCAGUGUUACUACAGGAGGAAACCUAAACUAAACUAACUUUAUUUAUACUGGAUAGCUCUAUCAGUUCUAAACUGAUCUCCCUAGAGGUCCAGUAAGGAUCAUCUCUUAUUGAUCCAGUGUUACUACAGGAGGAAACCUAAAAUAAACUAAACUUAUUAUACUGGAUAGCUCUGUCAGUUCUAAACUGGGGUCCGGUAAGGAUCAUCUCUUAUUUAUCCAGUGUUACUACAGGAGGAAACCUAAACUAAACUAACUUUAUUUAUACUGGAUACAGUAGCUCUAUCAGUUCUAAACUAUUCUUCCUAGAAGUCCAGGAAGGAUCAUCUCUUCUUAAUCCAGGGUUACUACAGGAGGAAACCUAAACUAAACUAACUUUAUUUAUACUGGAUAGCUCUAUCAGUUCUAAACUAUUCUCCCUAGAGGUCCAGUAAAGAUCAUCUCUUGUUUGUCCAGUGUUACUACAAGAGGACACCUAAACUAAACUAACAUGUUUUCAUUCCAGAGCUUUAAACGGUAUCAAACCUCUGAUCCAGUUGCUGGAUAGCAGGAACGAAGAUAUACACAGAGGAGCAGCCGCGACAUUGAGGAACUUAUCCUUCAGUAAAACUAACGACGAAAAUAAGGUAGGCGUGGAAUUGAUGAAUUCUUUAAAAAAAAGAAAAUAUGCUCCAUAGGUCCAGUAAAGGCCAUCUCCUGUUCGUCCUGCGAUAGUACAAGUCUACAAGACCUAAAUUUACAUUUAUCACCGUAUAGGUUUACCCUAUAAUAGCGCACUGCAUGAUUCAGUAUUACGACAGUGAUAAAUUGAAUUAUAGUUUUAAAUUAAUCCAGAUUUGAAAUUUAUUUAGAUUCACAUUUGUCGUUGUGAUGGUAUCAAAGCUAUGGUGCGAUUGCUUCAACGAACUGACAGACUAGAGGUAAAUGACUUCAAAACUGUUAAAACUUAAGGCGUUUGCUCCUGUUCUUUAAACACUGACUCAUUUUAUGUUUCUAGCUGAAAGAAUUAUUGCUGUCGAUUAUUUGGAAUUUAUCAUCUUGUGAAGUAAGUAAUGACCUUGAAAACGAACUUCAGCAUAGAGUAUUUUUGCUAUACAUACAGUACCGUGUUUUUGUUUUGAGCCAUGCCAAAUAUAUGCAGGGUGUCCACGGGCCUUGAAAAUCCUGGAAAGUCCUUGAAUUGGAAAAAAAAUUCCAGGACUGGAAAGUCCUUGAAAAUCAUUAGAAGUCCUUGAAAGUCCUGCAUGAAUUAAUUUCCUUAACCUCCAGCUGUGUCAAUAUUAGUGAUUUUGAUUAAAAUUACUGAAUAAAGUGAAUUAUUUACGGCAAAUCCGUGCCAUUUUCAAAGAUUUUUCCCAGUUCUAGGUCCUAGAAUUCCACCUUCACGAAAGGUUGGACACCCUGUAUAUGUGCUGUAUGGUAGAGAAUGAAGACAUCCUUAAAGCUACUACCUGUAGGCUCAGUAAAACUCAGAUUUUCCAAGUUUCAUUCCUGGCAAUUUCUUACAAACGUUUUUCAUGUAAUUCCAGGAACUCAAGAGACACAUUCUCGAAGAAUGUUUAGUUCUAGUUGUGACAACUUUUGUUAUCCCAGAUUCUGGUUGGGACAAACGUGAUAUUGAACCUGUCAGAUGGACUAUCUGUUUCAGAAAUGCCACUGGUAAGCAUCCUGAAUGGUCUUGUGCACCACCUUCAGAUUUGCAAUAAUAAAUUUACGUGGUGUUUCCACAAACAAAAAGUAUUAUAUGUUACUAUGUGUUGUUCAAGGUAUAUUACGAAAUCUGUCGUCAGCUGGUUUGGAAGCAAGAAAAAAGAUGCGUGAUGUAGUUGGAUUGAUUGACGCAAUGUUAUACGUGAUCAGACUCUCUCUGGGAAAACCUGGGACGGAUCCCAAGGUAAAACACACUUCAUUGCCUUAAUUAACUCAUUAAGUUGCAUUGCGCCCGAGGGCACCCUAUUUUAUUAUUUUACUCUGUCUAAUGCUAGACAGUUUUAUUAUUAAGUUAUUAUAAUAAGUGUUCGUCUGGUGUUAGACAGAGUCAAAUAGUAAAGAAGAGCGCAUUAUAUAAUAACUACAGUGAAACACGCAAUCUGAUUGGUCAAUAGCCGUGCAGGAUCAGGCUAUCCUGCACGAGGAAUUAAAAUGCCUUCGCGAGAUUUUCGCGGGAUUCUCAAAAUGUCAUUAGCCGUGUUUACACUACGAGCCUAAGCCUGACCUGGGCCUAUCUUUGGACUCGAUUUUUGUAGUGUAAACGCACUUCGGCCUGGCCUAGGUUAGGACAUCUGGAACACCUGUUCUGAUAGGCCCAGAUUUCCUGACCUAGGCCAGGCCGAAGUACGUUUACACCACAAAAACCUAGUCCAAAGACAGGCCUAGGCCAAACUUAGGCUCGUAGUGUAAACACGCCUAUUGUUUCACUGUAGUUAUUUUAUAAAACAAUUACCAAAUGGUUUUCCAAGCAGGAUAGCGUCAUCCAUACACUUGGGAUAUCGCUGGACUUUCGGAAAGCGUAAAAAUACACUCGCCUGCGGCUCGAGUAUUUUUACGCUUUCCGAAAGUCCUGCACGGAAAACCAUUCGGUAUUCCUUUAUUGGGGCACAAUGCAAUUGACUUACACCCGUUUUCAAAAUUACGCGACCUCCCUGAAAAAUACUCCUACUUCAAAUGUCAGUUUUAUGUCCCAAGAACUGCUAAAAAUAGCAAACGUAAACAAACUGUCUAAAGACAUUUUAAACCGUAUUUAAUACCAAUACUGAACAAAAAUGAGUCAGAUAACUUAGAUAUACAAACUAAAGCACAAUACAAACCAUCACAACAGAAAUAUGUUCUGUGAAUGACUUUUAAAGUUUGAAAAAUAACAGUUUAUCCUGGAAUUUAGCUGUCAGUAUAAAACACGCGCGCUAGACUAUAACGGUGAUGUUAUGAUUCUGUUUUGCUUAAAUUUUACAAUAAUUCUCACUUAACGGCAGAGUAUCCGAGUUUGGAGGUAGGUGCCGUUGGUGGCCAAGGCUAGUCGGCGAUCUAGCCUUGUCGGGCAAAUGACCGCAAUGGCAAACAUUAGGCAAAACACUGGCAAACAUUUAUGGCAAACUGGCAAAUGGCAAAACUGGCAAACAGCAAUGGCAAACAGCUAUGGCAAAACAGCAAAAAACGUAAUAAUAAGGCUAAUUAUAGUAGCAAUAGGAGUUUGCCAUGACAAUUCUGCCAAGGCAGACCUCCGGCACCUGUCACACUGAUGAUCAGUGGAAAAAAGGACGCAUUCUAUAGUAGUCUAUAGAUUGUAUCCUAUAAAGAAAAACAAAUAAAAAAAAACCCCGAUACAACCAAAACAAAACAACAAAAAACAAAACUAAAACAAAAUAAAGAAAUUAACCCGAGUAUCAACAAACAUUACCAGGGUGGGGAAAGGGCGAAGGGGAACAGAGCGAAAGAGCAGUUGUAGCUGGCUAGCCAAGCUGUAGCAAAGUGACGGAUGCGCGAUAAUUGCAACUGUUCUAAGUGACGUCAGGGGCUCCCCGCUGCUAGAUACAUCUGCCGUUAACUUCGCUUAAAUCUACGUUUAACCACAUUAAAAAAUCUUCAAAAUCAUUGUACGUCUGUUUAUAUAAAGCAUACAAAGCAUAUACAUCGACAAGGAACCGCAAAACUCAAAGUUUGAACAUCGUGAUCGAAUGACAUAAAACUGACAUGUCAACUCUAGCAUUUUCGUCCUUGGUCGCGUAAUUUUGAAAACGGGUGUAAUGGGUUUUAAUCAAGAAACAUGCACACUGUGUCAUGAACAUCUUGGGCUAAUCUUGUUCUAAUUUCUCAUCGUCAAUAGACUGUAGAGAACUGUGUGUGUAUAUUGCGUAAUCUCUCGUAUCGUUUGGAAGAAGAAGUUGACCGUAAUAAGUACCUGGACACUGAUUUGGACCCAGACCGCCCGGACAGGACCAUAUAUGGUGGUCCCGAUAAAACCACCGCAGGAUGCUUUAGCAAAAAGUCAAAGAAGAAAGGCAACUCUGACCAAAUGCCAGUGGAUCGCAAUGGACCGAAUGCUAAAGAAGGUGUGGCAUUACUAUGGCAACCUGAGACUUUAAGUCCGCUGCUCACAUUGCUAGCGGACUCAACCAUCGCCGAGACUCUCGAAGCAGCCGCUGGCAUGAUUCAUAAUUUGACUGCAUGCUCAUGGAGGGUAAGUUACUUAAUUUAUAAUGUGUGAUACAUAUAUAUACUACAUGCAUACGUCACGUCGUUGACUUUGGCCCGUUCUAAGCCCCAACUUUCCAUGGGGGUCGUGAGCUAGACCGCUGCACCUAUUUCUACCAAAAUCCGGCCUUGGUAGGAUGAAUGCUUCCAGUUUGACUCUAGUAUAUCAUAUUAUAUUUCAUUGUGUAGUGGUCAGCAUUAUUACGUUCAACACUGAGACGAGAGAAAGGUCUUCCGAUCUUAGUCGAACUACUCCGAGUCGAUGACGACAGUGUUAUUCGGGCUGAUGCGACUGCACUUCGGAAUCUGGCACUGGACACCAGAAACAAAGUUGUUAUAGGUAAGAUUCAACAAGAAAAUUUCCAAAUUUUACAAAACAUAUGCUUCACCAAAAUAUGUACAUUUUCCCAAACUUUUAUGAGGCGAAACUAAUUGUUUUGAUGAGAGAAAUGGUUUUCGACAAUUUUCGGAAAGUUUCAGAAGCUUUGGAGUGAGUUGGGUCACUUUUUGAAUUUUCAAAAAAUUUCCUGUGAUCCUCCCUUUGUUCUGGUCCCGCCUUUGCAUUUGAUUAAAGUUUUCAAAACUGUUUUUACCAGUCGAAAGUGAUUGUUUUGAUGAGAGAUGGUUUUCGACAAUUUUCAGAAAGUUUGGAGUAGGUUGAUGCAUUUUUUUAAUUUUGGAAAAAAUGUUUUGUCAAGGACAUUAAGGUGUAAUUUUAAGGCUAUAUAGUGGAGAUGUUUUCCCUGAGGAAGCGUCUUCUGUUUUUCAGGGAAAUAUGCGAUGAAGGAUCUCGUCUACAGAUUACCUCCGGGUGAAGGAAGUCAGGGUAUCACUGAACCAACGUAUGGUGCUAUUAUCUGUACCAUACAUCAACUCGUUGACCAGGAUUCACAGAAUGCCAAGUAAGAUAUCUUGUUUACGUCCAUCUUGUUUGCUUACCGAACGUUUAAUAUUUAGCUAUUAUUUUAUACUGGAUAACUCUAUCAGUUCUAAACUGCUCUUCACAGAGGUCCAGUAAGGAUCAUCUCUUAUUGAUCCAGUGUUACUACAGGAGGAAACCUAAACUAAACUAACUUUAUUUAUACUGGAUAGCGCUAUCAGUUUUAAACAGUUCUUCCUAGAGGUCCAGUAAGGAUCAUCUCUUAUUGAUCCAGUGUUACUACAGGAGGAAACCUAAACUAAACUGACUUUACUUAUACUGGAUAGCUCUAUCAGUUCUAAACUGUUCUCUCUGGAGGUCCAGUAAAGAUCUUGUCCUAUUGCUCCAGUGUUACAACAGGAGGAAACCUAAACUAAGUUGUUUUUUCAGUUCCUGUUUGGGUCGCCACUUUUAUUGCCAAUAUUUUAAUAUUGGUCAAGUGUAGAUAUAACCAGAGUUAAAAGUUUCAUAUUCUUGAUGUAUUGUCGUUCCAUUUCUAGAGCCGUUCGUGAUGUAGGAGGUGUUAUAAAGCUUGUCAAAAUUGCCAAAGGAAAUUACAAUCCUAAAGUUGUUAAAACUGCCAAUCAGGUAUGCGCGUUUUGAACGCAGUAUUUAAUGUGAUCCUAACCCCAAAUAUGAUUUACGAUACGAGUGAUAUUUGCGUCGUUCUAAGAAAGAAAUAUAUUUCUUGUAAAAACUAGUGGCGAGCCUAGCCAUGGGCAUGCUAUGCGAAUAAAGCCUGUUUUCCACUUCAGUCGUAUCGUACCGAAGUGUAUUUCUUUGUUUCCUGAGCACUAGAGUGGAACUAUUGACUUCGAUACAAAAGAGAAUGCUUUUGAAGUGCAAAACAGGCUUAAACCUUCAUCUACAUGGGUUAAGGACAGUACAUUUCUAAAAGGUUUGAUAAUGCGAAUGAUUAAAAAUUUGCAUAUAGCAUGACCUUUUUAACCUACAGUAUGACCAGCGUCACUGAGACACAGAAAAGUGUAUUUCGUCUAUCUAAUUACUGAAACCGUUCUUCCUGUUUUCCACAAUGGAUUACCCAAGUAUUUGUCAGAUGAAUUAGAACGCAUCCAAAAACGCGCAAUGCAAAUUAUAUUCCCAAACAUUAAAUAUCAGGACGCACUAAAAACCUGUAACUUAUGUUCUUCAUACGAACGAAGAAAAUACCUAACGAAUAAACUCUUUGAAGAAAUAUGUUCUGAUCCCAACCAUAAACUGCAUUAUCUGGUGCCGAAACCGAUAUUGGACAAAGGAAUAGACGCACGUUUAAUUUUCCUAUGUGUAAAACAGAUAACUAAAAAAUAGUUUUAUAUUUAGUAAUUCAUGAAGUAGGGGAGCUUUUUAAUGUUAGUUUAUAUAGUUUUUGCAUAUUACAUGUAAAAUUAGCUUAUCACUAUUUUAUAACUUUUAUAUCAUGUAAAUUUAUAUACAAUUGAUGAUUCCCCUUAUUACGUUUUGGUAGCGCUUUGCAUUGUGGUUAUACUGGUAUCACUGAUAUUCAAGAUGGCUUAUUUUUUGUCCUGACCCGUGCAAGAACUUUUAAAAAAAAGCUAGGGUCAGGUGCGCGAUAGCCAACAGCAAAAUAUUCGCGAAAACAUUCAAUAUUUUCAUUCGAGGCCGCUAUCUUUAUCAGUGAUACCACUAUAAUCACAAUGCAAAGCGCCAGAUUGAUGAUUCCCCUUAUUACGUUUUCGUAAAUAAACUAUCUAUCAAUCUAUCUAUAUCUAUUUAUCUGCCGUUGUUUUAAGGUUCUUGUUUCAAUGUGGAAUUUCAAAGAAACGCGAACGGUGAUAGACAAGGCCGGCUGGCAAUACACCAAAAACAUUGCAGACGAGUAUGGCCAAUCACCGCGCCCGAAAGCUUAUGACGAUGUCUCCCUACCCCGCAGUGCUCACAAAUCAUACAACAAUCAACCUCGUUAUCCACCACCAGCCACAGAUACCCCUGACGAGACGCGUGAUCUCGAAAUGCGCGGUUAUGCAAUCCCGAACUCUGGUGGCGACACUUUCCGAUCUUCGCCCGGCGCUGUCCGAGCAUCGCCCGGUGCCGCCCGAGCAUCGCCCGCAGCUCCGCGAGAUGAACCCGUUCCCCAUCCCACCGAAGUGCAUGCCCCCCCGGAAUACGCGAAAGUUAAUAAGAAUCGUAAGAAAGUUCCGGAGGGUCAGGGCGAAGAUGAAGCCGACUCCUGGGUGUGAAAAAAACUGAACUCCUACAAAUGGAAAUAAAUAUUUGGAUAAAAGCAGAACGGUCUGCCAGAACAUGUCAAAAUUACAUGAAAUUUAAGACGUUUAUGAGAAAUAGUAUAAUUUUCGCCGCUAAAAAUAGCUUCGGCAUUUAAUAACUCUAUGCUCGAAGUUAUUUCAACUUUCAUGUAGUAUUUUCCUAGUAUUUUGUAGAUAAUGCUCUUCAUGAUAUAAUAUAUAAUAGUCGUAGGUUUUUCAUAUUUUCUAGCAAUUCUCGGGUAUAGUGAAAUUCACAUCAAAAGGAAUUCGCUUCGUUCCUUUAUUAAUUGUGAUUGUAGGCCUGAUACGUUUGUUCAGUUUACGUUUCGUGUUUGAAAGUAAACGGUCGACUCGACAUUUCUUGGCAGAAUUUUUGUCUAACUUUUGCCAAAAGAACCAUUGAACGGUUUCUUACUGUUGCCUAUCAACACGAAGCUUAAACUCUAUGCAAAACACAAAUUCCUUAUAUUGUAAGUAACAGCUGUCCUUUAUUUUUACUAUACUACUCGAAAACUAAACCUACUUAAAUCUAAUAAAAAUUCUAAAAAC